AUGAAAGAGAGGGGGAAGUGGACUAAUAAGACCGAGUUUCUGCUGGCUAUGGCUGGACAGAUGAUUGGGAUGGGCAACAUAUGGGGCUUCCCCAACCUUUGCUUCAAGAAUGGUGGAGGUGCCUUCUUCAUCCCGUACUUUGUGUUCCUUUUCUCCUGCGGGAUUCCUCUGUUUUUUAUGGAGAUGGCACUUGGACAGUACACCUGUGAGGGUGGAGUCACUGCCUGGAGGAAGAUCUGCCCCCUGUUUGAGGGCAUCGGUGUUGCCUGGCAAAUUAGAGUCGUGUAUCUGAAUGUCUACUCCAUCGUGGUCUUAGCAUGGCCCCUCUUCUAUCUGUGGAACUGCUUCACACGUCCAUUCCCCUGGUCCAGCUGCCACAACAACUGGAACACAGAUGUGUGUCAUAACCAGACCAGUGGCCGUGCUGAUUGGUCCUUCUUGUUCAAUAACACAGACUAUGACGACAUGGACAGCAACCGGGUGUUGAUAUGGUCGGGCAAAGAUGUGUCCUUGUACCUGGGCAACAUGCAGUGGGAACUGGCCAUGUGUCUGCUGCUGGCCGGGGUGGUCUGCUACUUCUGCGUCUGGAAAGGGGUCAAAUAUAUAGGCAAGGUGGUCUACUUCACUACGACUUUCCCCUUCCUCCUCCUCUUCAUCCUCUUCGUCCGAGGACUGUCGCUGCCUGGUGCCUGGGAGGGGGUCAAGUACUACCUCUAUCCGGACUUCUCCAAAAUUGCCUACCUUCACGUGUGGUUUGACGCUGCAACUCAGGUCUUGUUCUCCCACGGCUUGUGUCGAGGAGUACUCACUGCCAUCGGGAGCUACAACCGAUACAGCAACAACUGCUACAAAGACUGCCUGUUGCUGUGCAUUCUGAAUGCAGUGACCUGCGUAUUUGCCGGUUUCGUUGUGUUCUCAGUGCUGGGGUUUCUCGCCCAUGAGCAGAACAUGCCGGUUGACGAGAUCUCCGUGUCCGGUUGGACUGGUCAGGCCUUCGUCAUUUACCUGAGAGCAGUUUCCCUGCUGCCUGGAGCUCGCUUCUGGACUCUACUCUUCUUAAUCAUGAUGUUUUUCUUAGGUCUUGGCACCCAGUUCCUUUGCAUGGAAAGCCUGGUCACUGCCAUCACAGAUGUGUUUCCCCACAUGCUGCGGAGACGGGGGCGCCACGAGAUCCUAGUCCUCAUCACAGGCGUGGCCUGCUUCCUGUUGGCCCUGCCCCUGGUCACAGAGGCAGGAGGUGAGAUUUUCUUUUUGAUUGAAGUGUUCGGUGCAAGUGGAACGAAUCUGUUGUUUAUUGCUUGUUUAGAAACUGUCAUCAUUGGGUGGGUCUAUGGUGCGGACCGUUUCUAUGACAACAUUGAGGACAUGAUUGGAUACCGGCCAUUCCCUGUGAUAAAGUACUGCUGGCUGUUCCUAACUCCCAUUAUUUGCGCUCUCAUUUUGGCAUAUGGCCUGGUUGACAUUUGGAUGUACAUGGGCUUGUUCACGCUGUUGGGCCACGCUUUCGCCGGCCUGCUGGCACUGGGGCCUGUAGUGUGCAUCAUCGUGUUUGCCUUGGUUGCCCUUUGCGAGAAACCAGACGGUAUCAUAACACCCUCCAGAGACCUGCGACAGGCCUGUCCGUCCAGACCUCGACUCGCUCUCUGUGGGCGUGUCAUCAUUGCGGGACAAAAGCCAGCCCACGGCAAGGCGAAGGAGGAGAAACUUGCCAUGGAGCCUGCCGGCGCUGUCUGAAGGGAACUUUUGAUGAUGUCAUAGAUCCUCAACCCUCAGCA